AUGUCGUCUCUAGCAGCCUCCCUCGAAGCGCAAGACGACGAGUUCAAAACGCUCUCCACGACCCUUUCGUCCACCAAAGCAACUCUACAAGCGCAGAUUCUCGCCACGACGUCCGCCCGUGACAGCGUCAGCAACCUCAUCAACAACGGUGCCAGUCUCAUAUACAACUUACCCAAUUCUAUCGUCAAGGAGAAGCUGCUAAGAAUUCUCGACGGCUACGUUCACGUGCUCACCUUGCAGAAUGCGCAGAUCCUGAUGCUGGAAAGUCUGGAAGAGCAGUUUGGAGCGAAGUGGAAGGGAGAGAAGGGCAAGAGCUUGGAAAAGAGGAGCAUGUGCCUCCACGCAAUGGAGAAAGAGUUUCAGAAGUUGGAGGAGCAGUACGGAAAGAACCUGAGGAAGGCGAUCGGGGACGGGGAGUUACCUGCUUCGACGGAAGAUGGUGGAGAAGAAAAGAAAGGCGGUGCUGGAAAAAACCGUUGA